AGAUGAGAAGUAACAAAUCCUGCAAGACUUGUCCUAAUCGAAUUCAUGUAGGAAUCGCAAUCCUUUUUCCGCUACUCCUGAGUGCUUUCUGUUUCUGCCACUUUUUAAUGCUUCCACCUGCCAUCGCGUUGCUGAUUAUGCCAUAUGCACCUGUGAGACGGGUAUUGAGACUAUGGGAGGCAACGAUAGCUGCUUAUUGGUUAUCCUUCGGAGCAUGGCUUCUUGAAAAUUUUGGGGGGGUAAAGUUGAUCAUUUCAGGCGACACCUUCACGAAGAAGGACAACGUUCUUAUUAUUUGUAAUCAUCGGACACGGCUAGACUGGAUGUGGCUCUGGUCGUGGGCUGCAUAUUUCGAUGUGCUGUCUUCCUAUCGCGUAAUACUUAAGGACUCUUUGCGCUGCUUCCCGUGGUGGGGUUGGGGCAUGUCAUUAUGCUUAUUCCCUUUUAUCCGCCGCGGCCAAAAACACCGUUCUACUGACUUAGCCCAUUUAAAACGAAACUGCCGCUAUUUAAUCCAACUUAAGGUACCAAACUCGCUAAUAAUAUUUCCCGAGGGCACAGACCUCUCCCCCUCCAAUCAAGAGCGGGAUCGUAAUUAU